AUGGAAGAUUACUACAUUACCAGCAGCUCACAGGACCAAAGCUACGGUUACAGCAGCACCACCUCCAAAUACCACAUUGACCCUGUAGAAGUGGUGACAUGCAUAAUCGUUGCUGUCGGCCUUCCUCUGACCCUGGUGGCCAUCUAUGCUCUUUAUUCUAUGGUGAGAAGAGAUCAUGUUGCUCCCAUCUACGUCAUCAACCUCCUCAUUAGUGACCUGAUUCAGUUCUGCUGUAUGAUCGUUUGGGUGGCAUCAGAUGUGUAUGGAAAGAUAUUUCACAUCUUCUCAUUAAUUUACCUCACUUCUCUGAUUGCCAGUGUUUGCUUCAUGGUCUGCAUCUCCCUGGAAAGGUAUUUGGUCAUCGCCCACCCACUGUGGUACCGCUUCAGACGAACCAUCAAGACCUUUGUGGUGGUCUGUGUCCUGGUCUGGGUCCUUCCACUUCUCUUUUUGUUAAUUUGUUGGCUUUAUGGUGUGACUCUACACAUAUUCUUCACUGUCCUCCUCGUCCUCUUCCUCAUUCCCUUCCCUCUGUUAAUAUUCUCCCUGGUUGGGACCCUCAAAGCCCUGUCUGCUUCCAUCUCGGUCCCCUCUGAUGAAAAACGACGAAUUGUGGGGAUUUUGGUUCUGGUGCUGCUUAUUUACACUCUGCUGUUCCUGCCCAGCAUCAUUUUGUUAUUGGGAGGAUAUCACUGGACCCUAGAACUCCUGUAUCUCAUCUUUGUUAAGUUGAGUCCUCUUGCAGACUUGGUCCUGUAUGUGUUCAUGAGGAAAGGGUUCAUAGACAAGCUUUUGGCCUCUGACAUCAGUGAGCUGUUUUACUGCUCGGACUGCUGCUAUAUUUCCUGUAAACCACCAGAUGGCAGUGUGCCGGCUGAGUUCACUGCCCACAAGCUGCAUGAAGCUCUGCUCAGCCCACACUGGUUCUGA